CAGCCAGCCGCAGUCGUUUAAGCUCUUCCCAUAAUGCACUCCCCGAUCAUCAGCGGGAAACCAAAAUGGCGAACUUGCUUGGGGAAAAUGAACCGUUUGUUAUUUUCUGAGGAAGCCACAAACCCCGCAUGUUUUCCCGACACGCUUUAGAAGUGAAUUCAGUUGCUCGAAGAGCGGGAUAAGAGCGGCUCUUCUGUCCGGUUAUUUUUGUCGUACGAGUCGUUUGUGGAAACGGAGGUGACCGAAUGAGAGACUCAGGGGUUGUGGAUCACCUGUCUGUGCAUCACAGAGCUCAUCCCCCACAGCAGCAGCGGCAGCAGCAGGCUGUGUCCUUGUCCCCCACAAGCCUUUCUGCUAGGGGAGAGUAUGGAGAAGACAGCAUGUCUGACAGAUUUUCAGAGGGACAGGAUGUCCUGGCCCGGUGGUCAGAUGGCCUUUUCUACUUGGGAACAAUUGCAAAGAUAGAUCGGGACAAGCACCGAUGUUUUGUGGUUUUUGAGGAUCGGUCAAAGUCUUGGGUUCUUUGGAAGGAUAUUCAAACAGGGGAAGAAGAUGAUGAGGAUGACGACGACGAAGACAUUGUGUGCUCCAUAUGCCAAGACGAAACUUCAGAGGAACCCAACGAGAUUGUCAUUUGUGACAAGUGUGGACAAGGCUACCACCAGCGGUGUCACUCCCCUGUCAUCGAUGCUGCUGUCAUCGACUCUGAUGACAAGUGGCUUUGCUCAGAGUGUGAGCUCACUUCUCUCGCUAAGACGGGUGGUCCACACAGAAGAGGGGCGUCUGCUAAAGACUUUCUGCAGCAGGAACAGCAGGAGCCGCAGCACAUGGAGCUACACCUGUCCUUCCCAUACGUGCUGGAGGAGCUGGUGUGGGACCACGGCCACAAAACCAACAUCCAGCAGUGCUACUGCUACUGUGGCGGUCCAGGAGACUGGUAUCUGAAGAUGCUGCAGUGCAACAUGUGUCAGCAAUGGUUCCACGAAGCCUGUCUCCAUUGCUUACAGAUGCCAAUGCUCUACGGAGAUAGGUUUUAUGUGUUUGUUUGUUCGGUUUGCAAUGGUGGACCGGAGUACCUCAGCCGUCUGCCUCUCAGCUGGAAGGAUGUCGCACACCUGAGCCUCUACAACCUGAGUGUGAUCCACAAGAAGAAGUACUUUGACUCAGAAAUGGACCUGAUGGUGUACAUCAAUGAUAACUGGGAACUGCUGCAGCUGGGUGAGCUCGCCAACACUCCACGAUCAGAACGAUAUGAAAAUGUUCUGGAGGCGCUUAACAAUAAUAGCUGCAUGUUCAUGUCAGGAAAGGAGGUGAAGAAAAAGAAGCACUUGUUUGGCCUGAGGAUCCGUUUUCCUCCUGUUCCCCCCAACUGUGACGAGCCAACCAGCAGAGUGAUGGAGAAGGCUUCACAUGAGAUAACCAUCAAGGGAUGCAAGUCCACUAAAGCACUGUCCGCCAUCAGAAGUCCCAGUGCUCUUACCAAUGGCACAGAGAAGAAGAAGAAAAAGAAGAAAAGAAAGAGGAAGCAAGGAGCACGCUCUCUGGAGACUCUGGCUAAACCACAACGCUCCAGUGAGCCCUCGUCCCAGGAAAUCAGGAAACCGCCACCGUUAGAGCCCCAUGCUUUGGAUCACUUUACAUCUGUCAAGAGUGACAGGUCUCUGCUGUCUUUAAAAACUUCAGAUGUGGAAUCCAUCGGCGCCCUGAGCACUUCAGAAACUACCUCAACUAGCAUUUCAAGACAGUCCAGCCUCUGCAGCUCCAGCAAGACGCGUACAGCAGCCCCCAUCAUGCCUGUUUCCCCUCCACCUUUAAAACGGAAACGUGGACGGCCACGGAGGGUCCCCCAGCCCCCCACCCCAGACAUCCCCCCUCCCAGCUACGCAGACCCACACCCCUCAGCCACAGAGUUGUUGAGCUCCCUCCCAGGGCUUCACUCUGCAGACAUAAUUCACGGCAUGGACCCCAACAGCCAGCUCACCCACCUAAAGAGCUCCAUCAGCAACUAUUUUGGAGCAGCGGGACGUCUGGCCUGCGGGGAGAAGUACAAAGUCCUGGCCCGACGGGUCACCCUUGAUGGCAAGGUGCAGUACUUGGUGGAGUGGGAAGGAGUCACUGCCUCGUAGGUUUUUUCACAUGUCGCUCGUCACUUCUAACUUUUCACCAGCACCCGUGGGACGUUUAUGUCUGUGCUGAGGACGUGUGUAUUCAGAGCAUUAACUGAUUAUAUGCCUUUAUUUAGUUUGGACAGGAGCAAGUUCUGCUUACUGUAAAGCCUACUGGUUCAGUCCAGUCCAGGGUGACUUUUACAGUUAUACACACCGUAUAUGUGUUUAAACAGUUUCAUGCACAGCACAAAGUUGUCACAAUAGCACAGCAUUUUUGUGCUGCUGUGGUUCCAACUUCAACUAACAGGUUUGAGUGUUUACAGAGAACAGCCCCUUU